UUUUUUUUUCAUUUUUUUUUCUUCUUCUUCUUUCAUCAUGUAUACAAGCACCCAUAGCAACACAGCCGAUCAAACCCCACUGUUAUCCUCUCCAACACAUAGAAACUACACUUCGAUCCAACGACAAACAUCCAACGAUUAUGCAAUCACGGAUGAAGGCCUAUAUGAACAAGACAACGAAUCGAUGCGACGAAGAAGAGGAUCCGUCAAGCCUCCCAGUUCUGCCAGCAGUAGUAGUCAUCACAUAUCCUCCUCCUCUUCGCAGGAGACAGCUGUGAAUAAACCAUUAUUGACACACUCAUAUUGGCAAUCCAUGUUUGAUCGUUAUUCUACCUCUGUCUACCUCGAGAACAAGGGAAGCGUUGCUCGAGACCAUUUAGCAAAUGAACGAACGUAUUUAGCGUGGCUUCGGACGAGUUUAUCCACGAUCUCUGUAGGCAUUGGUAUCACACAGUUAUUUCGAUUAGAGAGAUCCAUGACGCAUCCCACGAAACAUACAUCUUUUUUGCUAGACGGUCAAAUGAUUGGAUUAUUAUUUAUAUUGAUCAGCAUGUUGUUUCUUGUUUUUGCAUUUAUACGUUAUUUCCAUGCUCAGGUGGCAAUGAUUCAUGGUUAUUUUCCUGCAAGUCGGUCUACGGUGUUGGUGACUUCUGUGCUGUUACUUGUGACCAUGUCUCUCAUGUUAAUUUCGGUGGCAGGCCGUUAAAGAAGAAAAACAAAUCUACAUGGAACUGUCAACACUCACCCCUUAUCCGUUACUUUUUUUUUUUGUUCACAUGAGACAAUGAUAAAAUAUGAAGAUUUGCCCAACAAACAAACAAACUUUUUUUUUUAUGUAUAUAUAAUUUCAGGGGCGGGGAAAAGCCAACAAUGGGAUUUCACGUGGCGGCAUGAAAAGAUGGAGGAGGGGUUUUUUUUUUAUGUGUGUGUGUGUGUAAAAAAGUGUCAGUUUUGUUUUUUU